UCCCCAAUUCAUAUCGGAUUUCUUCUGCUUUCUUGUUUGGAUUGUGGAUUUAGAUAGUCUUCGGAAUUUUUUGGUUUAUGCAUGCAAUCUUUGGAGGUUUUUGGUUCAGGGCUUGUAAUGAAUCGUGUAUUGUAAUUAGUGAUUAGUUUUACAAUCGCUUAAAUGUGGUUUCCAGGAAUAGUUGUUGUACUGACGAUGAUGUUGUCUUGCCUUAGCUUGGUGUAGGAGAGGCUAUUCUUGAGUGACAUUGCUGGACUUUGGAGACUAGAAUGUGCCAUCAUUGUGGUGCUGUGGUUGCUGAUUCAGCUGCCCAAAAAUUGGAGAAUGGUAGUUCUGUUAAGUUAGAUGAUGCUGGCGCCAUGUGUUUUUGUAAGGUUUGCAAUGAGAAUCAGGAGCAAGAAACGAUGAAGCGGGAUGAUGGAAGCUCGAGUGAAUCACUGAUGCUAAGUCCAAUGCCUUCACCGUCGACCUGCAAUAGUGAUUGUUCAACAAUGGGAAGUUUAGAUAUCAGGAAUGGUCAAGAAGGUUCAACAGGAAGUAGCCAAGAAGAUAUUGAUCAUAAGCAAGAAAGGAGGUCACAGAACUUGAGCGGAGUAGUUCAUAGCAAUGUUCAACUCGGUGGAAGGGAUGAUGAAAGUGUAAUGCCAAUCAAUAAUCAAGAGGCAACACACAAUGGUUUUGGUGUUCCUGUUAAUGCGGAAUUUGAGAAAUCCAAUUCUAGUUGGAUGGAUACCAAUCUGUGGGAUCCUCCAGAACCAGAGGACCCAGAUGAUCACAUGGAGGGCGGGAUGGGUUAUUACGACGAUGAUGACGAUGAUGACGAUGAGUUUGGUGACAGCACAGAAUGGAGCAUGUCAAGUUCCUUUAGUCGCUCUGUGGAUGAAGCCAGUGUUAGCCAUAGGUCUAAGGAGGAAAAACAAAGGGCAAUGCAAGAGGUUAUGAAUGGGAAGUACAAGGCUUUCAUACAUCAUCUUCUUAACUUAGUAGGUGUUCCCUCAUCAGGGGAGGACGGUGAGAAUUGGGCGGAUAUAGUUUGUUCUUUGUCUUGGGAAGCUGCCACAUUUUUGAAGCCUUUAGUAAAUGGUAAAGCAAUGGACCCAGGAGCUCAUGUAAAAGUAAAAUGCAUUGCAAGUGGCACUCGCAGCCAAAGUCAAUUUGUCAAGGGCAUGGUAUUCAAGAAGCAUGCAGCUCAUAAACACAUGGUAACAAAUUGGAAGAACCCAAGGUUAAUACUGAUUCAAGGCAGGCUUGGUGAGGCUCCAAUUAGUGGACUGUCUUCAUUUAAUUCAAUGGAUCAGGAAAAUGAUUUUACGAAUUAUGUUAUAGAGAUGAUUGAAACUUGUACUGCAAAUGUGAUUAUCGUUGAAAAAACUGCAUCACGAGUUAUCCAAGAAGCAAUUCUCAAGAGAUGCAUCACAUUAGUGCUUGAUAUGAAGCUCCACCGUCUGGAGAGAAUAGCUCUUUGUACCGGUUCACCAAUUUUAACAUCUGAAACUUUAGCGAGCCAAAAGGCAAGACAAUGUGAUGCUGUUUAUUUUCAGAAAGUUGUAGAACAUUCUGGUGGUUUGGAGGGAGGAAAGAGGUCAACUAAAACUUUGAUGUUUAUUGAGGGCUGUCCAGCACGUUUGGGUUGUACGAUUUUGCUGAAAGGAGCUCGCAGUGAACUGAAGAGGGUUAAGCUUGUUGUGCAGCGUGCUGUUGUUAUGGCAUUUCACUUAAUAUUAGAGACUUCUUUCCUUGUUGAUCAACGAGCAAUGUUUGCAACUAUUCCAUUUGGUGGAGUAUCGACUAUGGUUUCACCAGAUCCACAAUCACCUUUAGAGCCUUGUAGCUCAAAUAUACUUCAAGUUGAGAAGGCAAAUGAUAAAAGUGAACCAUGUGUGAGUCUUCUAACGGAUAUUUAUAUUUCAAGUGGACCCCAUGAAGAGUCUUCUAACGGAUCAAAUCUGAAGCCGGUGGAAAAGCCAAUAAUACCUUCUGAACUAGAACCUUAUAAUCCUGCCAUUCUUUCUGGAUUUUCAUCCAUUUCUGAUUCGUCUAAGAAAGUCAUGGGAGAAAGUUUCCUUUUAUCCUCUACCCAUCACUCAUUGUCUUCUUAUUUUGGACAUGAAAGAGACUGGAUUGGCUUGGCCCCCAAGUCUGACUCAAUUCCAUCUACUCCACAGGCAGCCAAUCGAUUUGAUGUGAAAGUUAGGGGUAGUUCUGAUGAAGAGAAUUCAGGUCACGAACAGUCUGCAUCCCAUCAAUCAGCCUUGGAAGGCCUUGGAUUCCAUGAAAAUGCUCCUAACUGUUCUGAAGAGACAAUGCAGAAAAAGUCGUCAUUGGAUUCUCAGAGUAUUUUGGUUUUGAUGUCAAGCCGAAAUGCUUUGAAGGGAACCAUGUGUGAGCAGAGCCAUUUUUUGCAUAUCGUGUUCUACAGGAAUUUUGAUGUUCCUCUUGGAAAAUUUUUACAAGAAAACUUACUAAAUCAGACAAACUUCUGCACUGUCUGUAGUGAACUUCCGGAAGCCCACUUUUACUAUUUUGCCCAUUAUGGAAAGCAGCUUUCCAUUCAAGUCCAACAGCUUCCAGGGUAUAAACUUUUGCCAGGUCAAACAGAAGGAAAACUUUGGAUGUGGAGUCGUUGCAGUAAAUGUAAAUCUAAGGGAGAACCUUCUACGUCCACAAAAAUGGUGUUGAUUUCCACGGCCGCACGCAGCUUGUCAUUUGGAAAGUUUUUGGAGCUUUGUUUCUCUGAUGAAACUUUACCUAGUAAAUCAUCAGGUUGUGGCCAUUCUUUGUUUGGGGACUUCCUCUACUUCUUCGGACUGGGCAAUAGGGUUGCGAUGUUCAGAUAUUCCGCUGCAGCAAUUUAUACGGUCUCAAUGCCUCCUCAGAAACUGGAUUUCAACAGUUCAAUGAGACAAGGUCAUCUCAUCAGAGAAACUGAAAAUGUUAAGAAGAAAGGGAAGCUUCUUUUCACUGAGAUUGCGCACUCUCUGAAGAAGAUAAGCUCUGAAUGCAGAAGUUCAAAUGUAAAACCGCAAUGCUUUCUCAAUGACUUUUCUUCCAUUGAAGAAAUGUUAAACCAAGAAAGAUCAGAAUUCGAGGUAAAGAUUCAAAAUUCUCUUGCUUUUCACAAAUAUCUCAGUCUGAAUCAGUUACUCUGGGAGCUGCUGCUAGAAUCAUGUAUUUGGGAUAGACGUCUGCAGUCAUUAACAUCACUGGGUCUUACAAGUACCCCUGGCACCUCUGAAAAUGUUGAGCCAGAAUCGGUUACGAUGAAUAUGAAUAGCAACAUUGAUGCCAGACAUGAGGAAUCAGAAUCCAUUGCAGCAAAUGAUGAUACAGAAGUUCAGCAAGAUAUAUCAUGGGAUGAAAAUGUAUUGCCUAUGAAAGAAAUUGCAGUCGAAGGUUUAGAUGGAGAGUCCGGUUGUGAUGAAAAUCAUUCACCUUCAGUGACUGAAGUCACGGAGAUACGAAUUAUGGAUGAUCUGAGCCCGAAACAUCUUUCUCGCCAAGGGUCUUUGUCCAAUGGCUUCAACCAGCAUCAUUUGGAUGAUGAGGAUUCUCAAGUAAGGGUUGCGUCAUCUGGUGAUAUGCAUGUAGAUAGGACCAUUCCGGUUCUGACAGCUGAUUCAAGCUUGGGCAAAUUGUUGUGGGCACCAUGUGUGGAGAUCCGGCAGAUGCACAUAAGGGACAUCCAGAGGAGUUUUUUUCCUGAACUCAAAUCCUUCAGUAGCUAUACUCCCAAACUCAUACCUGCAGCCUCUGCCUUCACCAACGAAGAAGGACAGAAGCUACACAUUCGUCUUGCAAAAGAUAAUUUUAUUGUUUCGGACUAUGAGGGUGAACUCUCGAGCAUAGUUGCUUGUGUACUCGCUUUGUUGGAAGAUCUAUCCCUUCAAACGGAUUCUCAUAAUGAGGAUAGUAAGGGAGAGGGGGGAGGUGUUUCACAACCAAAUUUGAGUUCACAGAGCCUAAAUAAAGUUCCCUCAAAUGGAUCCUCCGAUUCAGACUCGAGUGCCGCAUCAGACGCAUACCAGUUCUCAAAUUUUGAGAGGUUAAAUUUGUUGGAUUCUCUCGUUCCAGAGACUUUCAAGCGGACAGAUCAUGAAGGGGUCAUAAAGUCACUAGCAAAUGGAAAGUAUGUUGUGAAUUGUCCAUAUUUCAAUCAGUUCCGUGAUCUUCGAAGUCAAUGCUGCCCAUCUGAGCUCCAUUACAUAGCUUCCCUAAGCCGUUGUAUAAAAUGGAAUGCAAAAGGCGGGAAGAGCAAUUCUUUCUUUGCCAAGACACUUGAUGACAGGUUCAUUAUCAAAGAAAUUAAGAGGACGGAGUAUGAUUCAUUUAUGAAGUUUGCUCCUGAGUAUUUCAAGUACAUUAAGCAAUCAUUUGACAUGGGGAACCAGACCUGCCUUGCCAAAGUUCUUGGAAUCUAUCAGGUAGCAGUGAGAGAGCCAAAGAGCGGGAAAGAGAUGAGACAUGAUGUGAUGGUUAUGGAGAACCUCAGCUUUGGCCGCAACAUAAUUCGCCAAUAUGAUCUUAAAGGAGCUCUACAUGCUCGAUACAAUCCGGCUGCCAACAAUUUUGGCGAAGUCCUCUUAGAUCAGAACUUUGUAAAGGACAUGAACUCGUCUCCCAUCUAUGUGAGUAACCGAGCAAAGCGUCGGAUGCAACGGGCAAUUUGGAACGACACUGCUUUUCUCAAUUCGAUAAAUGUUAUGGAUUAUUCUCUGCUUGUUGGGGUUGAUGCCGAAAAGAAGGAAUUUGUAUGUGGGAUAAUCGAUUAUCUUAGACAAUACACCUGGGACAAGCAAUUAGAGACAUGGGUAAAAUCCUCCCUCGUCCCGAAAAAUGUACUGCCCACUGUCAUUUCUCCAAAAGAAUACAAGAGAAGAUUCAGAAAGUUCAUGUCUGCACAUUUCUUGAGUGUCCCAGAUCAUUGGUGCCUGCAGCAGAACUUCCCCUAGUUCGUGCUUCUUCUAAGACGAACGGUGAAGAAAAUGCUCGGUUUUGGUUUAGUGUCAAUAUAUAUACAGGGAAAAUGUGGAUCGCAGGAGGACGAUCUGUCUUUCUUCAUCAUUACACUUGCAAAUUCAUUAUAGUGUGAAUAGAUGAGUGGCAUGGGUUUGGGCAUUCAGUUGUUUAUGAUGAGGCCUCAGAUUCUGCAAUUUUUCUUAGCAAAAUUAUAGGGUGGUGGGCUGUCCAGUUGAGGGGAGGGGCAAAAGAGUAGUAAAGUGUAUAGUUGUUAUUAUUUGCUGUGAAAAUCAUACAUAAAUCCUCACUUAUAUGAUAUUGAUGUUCAUUCAUAUAUA